AUGGGACAAAUUGUUAGUGUUGGUGAGAUUGAGACAAUUGAGAGUAACAACAAGACAACCACCAAGCUUGAUCUUGAGCUGAGGGAUGAGACGGAUGAGCGUCUAUCGUGUACCUUGUGGGGGACGUUUGCAUCACAUGCUUAUAGAGUUUGUGCUGAAAAUGAAGGACUCCUCCUCAUUUGUGUCCUUCGAUUUGCUAAAAUAAAAACAUACAACGGUAUCAAAACUGUCUCUAACUCAUUCGAUGCAUCUCAACUCCACAUUAAUCCUCCUUUCUCUGAAGUUGUGGAUUUUACUCAAUCCUUACCAGAAGAUGGUCUUGCCCUCACUGUUCGUGAGAAUGUUCCGUUUGGUGCUAUCGUUGCGGCUGGGAAAAAAGAUAACUUUCUUGAUUACCAGAGGAAAACAAUUGCGGAUCUGCUUCAUUCAUAUGAGGUUGGCAAAGCUAGACUAAUGUGCACCAUCUAUGCUAUUGAUACGGAUUGGGCAUGGUAUUAUAUAAGCUGUGUUGCUUGCAACAAGAAAGUAACACCAAUCCAUCCAGCAGGAAGUGCUGUUCCUUCUAAUAAGGAUAAGCCCAAAUUUUGGUGUGAUAAUUGCAGAAUUGUUGUCACUAGAGUUGUUGCUAAGUAA